AUGGAAAACCGUACAUCAGUGACGGUGUUUAUCUUAGCAGGAUUGACAGAGAAUCCAAAAUUGAAGAUUUUGCUGUUUAUCUUCCUGCUUCUCACCUACUUGCUGAGCAUCUCAGGCAACCUGAUUAUCAUUGCCCUCACUCUGCUGGAUCCUCAUCUCAAGACGCCCAUGUAUUUCUUUCUUAGAAAUUUUUCCUUCUUAGAAAUUUCUUACACAACAGUCUGCAUCCCUAAAUUGCUUGUUAGCAUGGCCACUGGUGACAAAACCAUUUCCUAUAACUGUUGUGCAACUCAGUUAUUUUUUGCCUUUCUUUUGGGUGCAUCUGAAUUUUAUCUCCUGGCUGUCAUGUCCUAUGACCGUUAUGUUGCCAUCUGCAAACCUCUGCAUUAUACAACCAUCAUGAGCACCAAAAUCUGUGUUCAGCUAGUUCUUAGCUCUUGGAUUUCAGGUUUCCUCAUCAUUUUUCCAGGGCUCAUCUUAGGGCUAAAGCUGGAUUUCUGUGACUCCAAUGUGAUCGAUCAUUUUUACUGUGACACUGCUCCUCUACUGCAAAUCUCCUGCACAGAUACACGUUUAUUGGAAAUGAUGAGUUUUAUCUUAGCUUUGGUGACUCUCCUGGUGACUCUGGUAUUAGUAAUUCUAUCAUAUACACAUAUUGCCCUAACAAUUUUAAAAAUCCCUUCUGCCAACCAGAGAAAAAAGGCUUUUUCCACUUGUUCCUCUCACAUGAUUGUCCUCUCCCUCUCAUAUGGCAGCUGCAUUUUUAUGUACAUUAAACCCUCAGCCAAGCAAAGGAUAUCUUUAAUGAAGGGAGUGUCCGUGCUCAAUACUUCAGUUGCCCCACUUUUGAACCCCUUUAUUUAUACUCUAAGAAACCAGCAGGUGAAGCAAGCCUUCAAGGACUUUUUACAAAGAGUUCUGUCUAUAUUUAAGAAGUAG